UUUGAACUUGAUUCUGGAUUUAACUGGUAGCCAGUGGAGAGAAGCUAACACAGGAGUGAUGUGUUCUCUUCUACUAGUUCCUGCUAACAAUCUUGCUGCUUCUAUACUUUCAUAUAGCAGAACUCUUUGUCUCUGGUGCUGACCAGACAGGAACAACCCCCAUAUUGUGGUUUUCACCAAUAUCUGUGUGAGAGAAAUGGACUAAGUGUGCACCCCUCCCCUGCCCCCAGAACUUAUUUGUAUUUGUGUAUUUAAAUCAUAACUAUCUCCUCCUUUAACAGAAUAGUUUUGACCAUCGCUGAAAAGCUAAAUGUCGCUCGAAACAUUUUCCCCAUGGUGGACAACAAUGCCUAUUUCUUGACGAAUGGAGUAAAAGCAAAAAGACAAACUGUAACAGAGAACCCGGAUGUCCUUAUGUACAAUGUAACGGAAAAGGAAAGGAAGAAGUCGGCGGAUGAACUCCUCCAGAUGGCUUUACAGAAGAUUAAAAAUGACAUCAAAAUUCAUGGCUGCCAGCAUCUUUUUGAAAACUAUGACCAUUACUCUGUAAAGGAGUAUUUGAAAGAACAAGGAGGACUGAGUCCUGAAGCCAUCAGAAUGAUUGGAGAUCUGCUGAACGAGCAAAGCCUUCUUUAUACCGCACUCACCGAAAUGCUGUAUGACCAGAGCGACGUCAACGAUACCGUUCAGUACUAUGAGGUGACGGGUGGGUUUGAUCUUCUCCCCAAAGCUCUUCUUGACAGUCUUCAUUCCACCCUUCACCUAAACUCUAAAGUCUUCCGUAUAAGUCAGUCAGACACAGGUGUGACUGUCGAGUAUGAGGCGUCAAACGGCUCCUGGAUCGGACAGAUUCAGGCUGACAUGGUCCUGGUCACGACUACCACCAAAGCUGCUCUUUUCAUGGACUUUGAUCCUCCUCUUUCCAUCAAAAAGAUGGUGGCGAUGAAGGCGGUCCACUAUGACAGUGCCACCAAAGUCUUCCUCACUUUCAGUGAGAAGUUCUGGGAAUCUGAAGGGAUUCAUGGAGGAAAAAGCAUCACUGACCGUCCCUCUCGCUUUAUCUACUACCCCAGCCACAGCUUCCCCAAAAACAAGACCAUUGGAGUCCUGCUGGCCUCCUACACCUGGUCUGAUGACUCCCUCCUGUUUCUGGGGGCCAGCGACGAAGACCUCAAAGAGCUGGCUCUGAGAGAUUUGGCACAGAUCCACGGCGAGUGGGUCCGGUCGCUGUGUACCGGUGUGAUUGUGAAGAGGUGGAGCAGCGACCCCUACAGCAUGGGGGCUUUUGCUCUGCUCACCCCCUACCAGCACAUCGAGUACUCCGAAGAGCUGGUCAGGAACGAAGGCAGGAUCUACUUUGCAGGGGAACACGCCGCCUUCCCUCACGCCUGGAUAGAGACGGCCAUGAAAUCAGCAAUCAGGGCAGCUGUGAACAUCAACAACGCGGUUCUGCCCUGUUCUGACCCAAACCAAGGACGAGAAGAGCUCUGA